AUGGCCACAAUGUUCAAACGAGUGCCCAAAGUCGACACAGCGACGACUUUAUCAGCGACCAACAACAGCAGCAGCAAUAGCGGAGGCGUUCGUGGACGCGGUAGCACAUUCACGCGCCGCCCUGGUCGGCAGAAGCUGACUGGCCUGUUUGCACAUGGAAUUUGGCAUUGCGACUGCGAUUGCGAGCCUCGCCUUCCUGCCGAACACUUCCAGGUGAAGAAAGAGAGCGCAAACAAAGGCAGAUGGUUCUACACCUGCCAGAACGGAGAGGGACGUAGAUGCGGUUUCUUUCUCUGGGAUGAUGAUGCAAAACCACGAGAAGCAGCUGCUGUCCUGAGUAACUCCAGAACGGAACCUAGGACGACGCUGAAUAAGCCCUUGUCCCCUGUACAUCAAUCGCCUCAGACAACGCAAUCAAGCACUUCAACCUUGAGUCAUCCCAUCAGUGCUUUGAAACGACCACUUUCCGACACCGGUUUUGAUGAUGCUGAUGACCAUGAUUCUUUUCCCUGGUCGCUAUCAGGCCAAGAGGAGGCAGAGAUUCUCAAUGUACCAGAAACGCCGCGCAAGGCAGUCAAGUUCGAUGCUCUCGCCACGCCAGCAACUAGCGUGCAUAGGAAGCUGCCAUGGAUUGACAACUCUGCCAACUUGCCUUCUGCAAUCUCAGCGAGAAGGACACCCUCCAAAGACACUGCUCUGCCUGGACUGACUACACCAUCACACUCGAGAUUAGCUGCUGUACAACAAGGUGCCUUGACACCGCAGGUCACUCCAAGUCCCUUACGCUUUCGUGAUUCAUCAGCAGAUGCGUCGUCUCCCCGAUCCACACUUACUGCUGAUGUUUUAGCCGCUUUUGACACCGCAGAAGUCACACUACCAGGUGAAUUAUCUUCAAAGCUUCGAGAUGUCUUGACACGUCACGAAUUACGCACUCAGGGAGUGAUCCAAGGGAGAGAAAUUACUCGACUUGCUUUGAAAGCUCGCGACGCGAAGGUUGUCGAGCUUCAAGCCACAAUCGCGAGCCUCGAAGCUGAAAGAGAAGUCGACCAAGCUCGCAUCAGAAGUCUUGAAUGGGAGAAAGAGAUCUUGGCCAAAGGUCAAGAAUUCGACACAGAGUUGUAA